CAUAUCAAAUGUUUGGAGCGACCAGCAGCCGUUUAGCAAGCUCUGGUUCCGGUCAAAUACAAUUGUGGCAAUUUUUAUUGGAGCUACUCUCAGAUUCCAGUAAUGCCGGCUGCAUAACAUGGGAGGGCACAAACGGUGAAUUCAAAUUAACCGAUCCCGAUGAAGUUGCCCGUCGCUGGGGUGAACGGAAAUCAAAACCGAAUAUGAAUUAUGAUAAAUUAAGUCGGGCAUUGAGAUAUUAUUACGACAAAAACAUUAUGACCAAGGUCCAUGGCAAACGUUAUGCCUACAAAUUCGAUUUUCAAGGACUGGCCGCUGCCACCCAACCGGCUGCCAGUGAUCCCACCUAUAAAUAUCAAAGUGAUUUAUUUAUGACACCAUAUCAUCAUAGCGCCAAACUGAGCUCAUUUAUGAGUCCGCAUCAUGGCAUGACAUCGUCAUCAGCUUCAAUAUUCCCCUCGGCCGCCUCCUGGGGUAACUGGGGUAACCAUUCGAAUUUGUAUCAACCCCAUUCGAUGGGCCAUGUUACCCCCUCCCACGUUGCUCCUCAUUUGAGCUCAUAUCCCCACUACGCAUGACCAUCAUCGUCU